CCACAGCUGCAGAACUCCCACUGCACUCAGCAUCUUUUUCUGUAGCAUUAUUCUUUUCUUUUCUUUAUUAAACAUGACGUUAAUAGGUAACACAGGUGGAUGGUCUCUUAUCUUCCUGGCUGCUGUUAUUCCAGGUGUCCACCUCCAGAAAGGCGACAGCUCCAUCCAGCCUGCCUCAGACUCUGGGCUGCCCUCUGAGGCUCACAUCUACCAGCCGGUGUUUCAGCCCUCUGAGGCCUUUCCUCCAAAAGGGACCUACAUGCUGAAAAACCAUGAUGGGAAAACCUGCAUUAAAGCCACCAUGGGAGCAGAGUACAUUGUCAUCGAAAAGAAGAAGACGUGGUAUUUCAACCUGGAUCCCUCCAGGGUCAGGAUCAGCGGUAACUGUGGCAAAGAAGCUGUUGAUCUCUCUCUCACGCUGCCAGACCAUGCUGCCAGUCUGCAGUUCACCUUCACAAAGGAAAAUAAUUUUUCCUACGUCUCCAAGCUGACUGCUCAGGUGUCUCCUCUGCCUGUCUGUCCAGGAUGUGCCAAUAAGACCUACUCGGGUUCGUCAGCCCAUGACAAGCUCUUCACUGCAGCUAUUGGACAGAGCUUUAAGUGCAAAUCUGAGAAUCUGAUUUUGAUGUCGUCGGAGCUGAAGAUCAAGCUGGUUCCUCUGCAGAUACAGGCCUUCACUCUGCCAGAAGGACAGUAUGGAGAAGAGAUGGAGUGUUGGGCUGACUUUAACAAGCGAGUUAUUCCCAUCAUUGUCGGGGCCAUAGUGGCGGGUUUCCUUCUGACCCCUGUGCUGAUCUUCCUGUUCAUCAAAGACCGUCGCAGAGAAGGAUACGACAGGCUGUGAGCUUGUUGUGAAACUGGACAGAGAUUUAUGUCACCUCAAAUAAUAUUUCAUUCUCGGUUACUGUUAUAUAAAGUUCUCAAAAUUGCUCCUUGAAUUCUUCUAGUAAUAAGAAAGAUGUCUGACAUGCCUAAGUAUAAAUGCAAACAAUGUUGUUACAUAUAUUUGACUAUUCUUUAUUUGAUUUUCAAAAGUAAUUGUUUUCUGUCUUCAUUUGUGUUGUAUCUGAUAUUUUUGCUUUUAAUUUCAGUCUCAUUCUGCUGUCAAUGAAAGGUUUUGUUCACUUCUGACUUUUAAAAUACUCCCUUGAUUUGUUGCCUAUUCAACAAUUACUUAAUAAAAGAGGAAUGGGCUGAAAAAAAGCUAUAUUGCCCUUACAGUAAAUACACUAGCAAUAUAUAGGAACCAGACUAAUUGUAUAAUGUGAUUUAUUAUAAUAUGUGACUCUUGAACUUAAAUUACAGAGUACUGCAAAAUUGAGUGUUGCAGCUUCACUGUUCUUUAUCAGUGAGGUUUGGUUGGCUAAAGUGAUCAAUUAAUACCAUUAUAUCUGUAAUAGUCAAAAAGGGUUUAAUUUUUUAUAUCUGCAAAGGUAAUACAGUGCAUAACUCA